AUGCUGUCGAUCGUAUCGGUAGCAUGUCGUUCUUCCUUUGAAAGCUUCCGUGUGGCGAAUUCAAACCCAGCCGUUGCAGAUAGGACCUUCGAACCCAAUCUCGUCGCCUCAAGCAACGAUUCCAAAUCUCCGUUAUUGGAGAUAGUGUUACGAGUUCUUGACGCUUUGCAGAUAAUACCCAAAAGACGGUCAAGGCGAUCUUGCAUGCUCAACCGGUAUAGUACGCUGAAAAAGAGUAUGCCCCAGUUGCUCGGGGGUGCACUAUUCAAAAAUCGAAUGGUGGAAAAGCCCUUGCUAGCCCUAUCGCUGGAAUCUAGCGAGGCCGUACCGGACAGAGACCCCAUGUUGGCCGACGAUCGGCUCGAGAAUGAUGAGGAAGAAUUUUACCCCGUCGAUGAUCACCGGUACCGCUGGACACCGACCUCCGAGCGUUUCUACGACAUGGUUCUGGACGUGCUGCACGUUCUAGAGAGUCAGGCCCGCCAAGAAGUGCAACGUGUCCGCGUGCAACUAGAAACCGAACUGUCAGCAGAAAGUGACGAGGACCGUACACCGGAUGAGGAACAACCUGCCUAA